GCCUUUUGCAUGGUUAAUUCUACUUGUGAUUAGAUGUUGUUAUAUUGAUUUGUGAGUUCUAGUUAUUUUUUUCCCGAGUAAUCAUUGCUGAUAGUAUAAAGUGAAAAGAAUAAAGUGCAAAUACAUAGUUUUGCGGGAUAUUUUCCCAGAUUAUAGUGCAAUAUAUUGUGGUAUAAUGGCAUGUUCUUUUAGGUUUUUCAAGUAGUGUGGAUGUUUUCUUAGCACAGUUCCUACUACAGGUAGUCAAGUCUUUUUUGUCGUGUUGUUUUGUGUUGCAGUCCCGCUCAGUAUAUGUAAAGAACCUGAAUUUCAAAACAUCGGAUGAGAACUUGAAGAGACAUUUCACCGAGCAUUUAGAGAAAGGAAGAAUACUUAGUGUCAGGGUGAAGAAGCAUCCGAAAAAUGGAAAGAAAGUUUCGAUGGGUUUUGGUUUCAUAGAGUUCGAUUCUAUUGAUACAGCAGUGAAUGUUUGCAGGGAUUUGCAGGGAACCGUUUUGGAUGGGCAUGCCCUCAUAUUGCAACUUUGUCAUGCUAAAAAGGAUGAACACCACCAUAAAAAAGUUGAUAGUGACAAGAGUUCAACAAAAUUGAUAGUAAGGAAUGUUGCUUUUGAGGCAACAGAUAAAGAUCUUAGACAGCUGUUUAGUCCAUUUGGCCAGGUAUAGUCUCUGAUUUUUUGUUGUGAUGAAAUGAUUCCGUGUUCUUUAUUUUUGUGUCAAUUAUGUUUUGAAGCGAUGAAAUAUGAUGUGUAGAUAGUUCCCAACUUUUGACUGAGGACUUCUAUGUUAGUUGAUUAAAUAUUAUUCUAUGAAUGUCUCCUUCUCAAUUGCCUUCUAACUU